AUGAGAUGGAUCCGGUGGGAGUACAUGAUGAAAGCGAAGAAACUGGGCGGUAUGGGUCUUGGGGGAAUUUGUAACUUUAACCUUGCUAUGUUAUCCAAAUGGUGGUGGAGGUUCCUUUCUAAUCUAAAUGAGUUGUGGGCCUCGGUUGUUGGAGCAAUUCACAAAGGUAAUAUCAUCUCUAUUCCGCCCGAUAUUCCAGUGAAGAAAUCCAUUCCGAGUUUAUGGAAGGAUAUCACUUCGGUUGAAACAGCGCUUCAUAAAGAUGGUAUCAAUCUUAAAGAAAAGCUGGUAAUGAAUGGUAAUAUUUGGAACUGGAGGUCGGACCAUUAUGGGGAAUUUUUGGUCAAGCAGGUUCGGUUUGAUAUUGACGCAGCCAACGAAGAUCCGGUCAAUAGAAGUCUCAUUUUUAGCUGGAAUUGUUGGGCUCCGCCAAAAGUUAAUUUCCUUCUAUGGAGAUCCUUAAUUGGUAGGAUAGCUUCCAAAGUUGGUCUGAUCCGGAGGGGUCUUUCUUUCAUUUUAGGAUCAUGCUCUCGGUGUGGGUUGGGUUUGGAGGAUCCGGAUCAUAUUUUCAUAGGAUGUCUUUGGGCCCGUAGCAUUUGGUGGAACAUAUUGAGAUGGAUGCGAAUUUCUUUCCCUAUGGAGAUAGGUAACAUCAGUGACAUGUUGGAGUUUAUUAAAAAUCAGCCUGGAGGAGAUAUAUGGAAAAGGGUGGUUUAUACCGUUGUGUUGGCAAUAGUUUGGAGAAUUUGGAAGGCUAGGAACGAGAUGACUUUUGACGGCCGGUUUAUUCCUGUUACCAUUUCGGUCGACCACAUCAAAGAAGACGCUUUUUUGUGGUUAAGCAAUCGAUCCAAGUGCAAGAUGCCAAGCUGGGAAAAUUGGAGAUUAUUCGAUAUUUCGGUUAUGUUGUAA